AUGUAUGUGAAAUGGUUUGAUACAGUAAUGUUUUACUAUGUGAUUUUAGUGAAUUUAGUGAAUGUCACUUUUACAACUUUCAAAUUUCCGGCCAGUUCCAUCCUCGUAUUUCCUGACGUCGCAGGGAACGGAACCCAGAAGACAGAUGCCGGCAUUGGCCGGAGGACAUUGCCAGGGACACUGCAGGAGGGACAUCGUGGGAGCAAAGGACAAGGUAAGUGAAGAAGAGAUCCUGGAGCAAGGCUGCUGGGUAUUCCCGAGUGUAGUCAGGGUUUACCGCUUGUGCUACACUCGGGAAUACCGCCAGGGAGGUUAAG